AUGGGGCGGGUGUGCCAGCCAGCGGAAAGGGUGCAUGUGGCCAGCAAGUUGAAGUCCGGAGAGCCAUCGGCUGAGGACAUUCUGGCAGUCAUUGGAGAGCUGGGAGGAGGGCCAGAAACACGGAUGAAAGCUUACUCGGCCAUGUUCCAGCAGAAGGCCACGUCUGACUACCAGGAGCGCUUUCACGCUUCCAAGCUGCUUUGUGAGCAUGAAGCUUUGUCUCUGCGAGGGCCAGGGCAAAUGUUUCAGGCUUUGGAAGUGCCUCCCAAGCUCCCCCGAAUUGAUCUCGCAGCUCUGCAACAGAUCAUCCAUCUUGCUGCGUCCACUUUGGACUUGGAAGUGGUCCGCCAGCAGAAGAUGCUUUCGAGGCCACUGGGCUCUUUGAAGUUUGGCACUGCUGUGCCAAAGGGGCUAGCUGCGUUCACCACAGCAGCCCUCUUCAGGCCCGCAAAAACGGCCAUCUCCAGGCUGGGCAGUUGGUGUCAGACAAUGGUGGUUGAAGGCCCCGACAACGGCGUUGCACGCCUCGCCGAUGCGGACGCGCGGCUGCUGCACCUGGUGCGCCAUGGCCAGGCGACGCACAACGUGGCCCUGGCGAAGGGCGAGGUUCCCAAAGAGGAAUCGAGGCUGACGGAGCGCGGGCGAGAGCAAGCGAAGCGUUUGUCCUGGCAGCCAGUCGAGCCGGAGGUGGUGUUGACCUCCCCAUUGACGCGUUGCGUGGAGACGGCCUUGCUGGCCUUUCCCGGAGCCAAAGUGGUGGCGUUGGAGGAGCUACGAGAGUUGAUCUCGGGGUCGCAGCACAACGCGCAGCCCUGCAGGGCUGAGCUCAUGGAGCGCUUCCCGGAAGUGGAUUUCUCUCGCAUCUCCAGCCACGACCAGCAUUGGCACCCGGGGCACCUUCGGGAGUCGCAAGACAGCUGCGCCAGGCGAGCGCGGAAGUUCUUGGAGCGGAUCUUUGGGGAUGACUCCCUACGCUCCACCAAAGAGUUUGCGGUGACGACGCAUUCGGGCUUCCUAUUUCUCUUGUUCAACUAUGGCCAGGCGCCUCUGGAAAGCCUGCGGCCGCGUGGCAGCUUCCGAGGAAGCGCCAGGGUGGGCGCGGGCGCUGAUCCGAUCGUGACGUUCGCUGGAGACGACACCGAAGAACUGCGGCAGUGGUGGGCGCCGGGUGAAAUGCGCGCGGUGCUUCUCCGAAAAAGAUCGGCUGACGUGUCGCUUAACCCGCCGCUGGUGCGAGUGGGCCCGGACCAUGGUUUGCUGGUGACGCCGCAAGGUCCCACGGUGGUGCGUGCCGAUGUCUUGCCAAAGCAGCCUGCUCUACGCACGGCGAUGCAAGUUGCAGAGGCACUCAGGGCUCCACGUGCCCCAAGUGCACCCUGUCCCUCCGGCCCGGCUGAGAGUCUUCCUGGCAGCUGCCAGGGCUGGUGUGGACAGGUUCUUCCGGGCUCAACUGCCAGGAGCAAAGGAUCUUGCUCCGAUGGCCUUCAAUGUUUGUGCGAGGCGGACGGCCGUGUGUACUCCUCCUGCCGCAUGGCCUGCGAAGCGGAGCGCAUGAAGGCAGCUGCACCAGCAGCGAAAAUGUCAACCAGUACCACGACCACGCAGGCAGCCACAGCUCUGACAAGUGGCUCCAGCAGCUCGGUGCGGCGACAGCUGCUGUAUGAUACACGGGUCUUUGUGGACUUCCUCACGCAGGUGGAGGUCUUUUUCGUGGCGAUCGAGUUGGUUCGGCGCCUGAACCAGUUGGUCAAAGAAAACUGUGGUGCUGCUACAGGUGAGCUGCGUUGUCGACCGUGGUCUUUGGUCCUGCCGCCUUGGUGUUUCGUUCCAAUGUGGUAUGGUGAAGCUGGAAACGUGACGAGGUGGAACAGCCUCUUCGAUAUGGCGAAGUUGUCUGGGGAGGACAAGGUGGAGGAAUUUGCGCAGCAGCAGGUGGAUCUGGGCGUGCUUCCGGUGGCCAGCGAUUCGCGACUUCCAAAGUUGAAGGAAGGUUCUGGUGACUUUCUGGGCUUCACCAAAGACAUGCAGGUCUGCAACGGCAACGGUCAGCAAGCGCCCGAAGCUGGAAGCACACGUGGCUCCGUGGUCUAUGCUGGGUACUGUGCCUCUGACAUCACUGUCAGCAGCCUGAAAUGCGGCGUGCUGAACUUUGGCUUCAAGGCUGUGGUCGACCUUCUUGACAGUGCCGGCAAAAGGAGCAGCAGCAUCUUAGUGAAGCAUCUGGAUGCCUUGCAACUUCACAAGCUCGGUGAUGUGGGAAUUCUGAGCCUUCCAGCGUCGGAGCCCAAGGCUCGCCGUGUCGCCGGCGCUGCAGCAGUCAGCACAACGCUUCAGGGAGAGUCCCGUGGCCCUGGGAAGGGCCGUUUUAGCCGCUCCCUCGGUGCCGCCAUGCCUUGUGAUGCGGAGAGCUGUGGCGGUGGCGGUGCUGACGGCAUCGGCGCUGGCGAUGGGAUUGAGUGUCCUGGCCAAGAGUUGAAGCAGACGUCGCCAGAAUUUUCCAUAUGGAAAUCAGUGGCAGCGAUAGCGGUCCUCGAGAUGGAGACGACUUCAGCGAAAACUGCAGAGGCUGUGGCAGACCUGGCCCAUGGCGGUUCCGCCAAUCGAUCGAGCGCCGAUGGAACAACGGAGCCGGUGGUCGGGCGCGCGGUGGCGGUCAUGGUGGUGGGGCAAUGGCGCUGGUUCACGGCCAACGUCUCCACAAAUCUGGCUGGAUUGAGGUGGGUGAGCGAGAAGGGGAUGAAGAAACUGAAGGAAGAUGGGAUCAGUUCUGUGCUGACAUCCCAGCUGCUGCAUGUGUUGCGGCCCCUGCAACGUCACGGUGAUGUGCCGGAUUUCCUGCUCUGUGUGGAUCAAGUCAAGGAUCAUCAUGCAGACAUUGCGGAAGCCUGGGCUUUUCCAGCGAAGGAUCAAUACCAACGCAUCAAGGAGUGCUUGAAGCGUGUCCUGCUUCGCGAAGAGCGAGUCAACACCAGCUACGACUUCUUCGUGCGCUUGAGGCCCGACCUGCUGCUGCUCAGUGACCUUCCCUGGACCGGAGAUGCCAAAUGUGUCGGGGCGCGGCUGCGGGCGGCCAGGCAUAUCGAGGGCCUCACCAGCGAGCAUUUUUCCUGGUGCUACUGCGGAAAGAGCUGCUGCGCCAAGGGUGCAUUGAAGGCUGAGAGCGCUGCAUACAUCGCAGAUGACAUGGUGACCGUGGCCUCCCGCGCCAGCUUUCUGGAGCUCUGGCAACGGAAGGUGCCCGGCAGCUUCAGUGCCCCAUGGAUCAUGCAGCCCAUGGCUGAGAGCAGCUUCACAACGAGGAUUCUGCAACGUGGUCUAUCUGUCUGCCCACUGGCACUGCGUGCGUUGCCCAUUGGAAGUGCAAAUCCGCACGCUUCUGAGAUGGCGAAAUGUGGGUACCUUGAAGGAAGUGCCGCCAUUCCGCAGAGCCAAUGUGGUGGUCGCUUCAGUAGAUAA